CGGUUAUCGGUUAAGCUCAUCGUGUCUCAAUGCCAGAUGGUCCGCCGGACAUCCGGCAAAAUGAAGUGACACAGUUCAUACAGAGAAAGCAGGCUACCCACUACCAUCGCAACGGGUAUAUAACGGCACCCGGUUCCAGCGAAACGACAUCAGUCGCAACGGACGCAAAACAGUGAUUUCAUCUCGAGGGAACGAUUGACAUCGCUCGGCUUUGCUUGCCAAGAACCCUUACCAAUAGACGCGAAAACAACCCAAUAUCGUUUGAACUAGCCUGAAAAUGAAUCUAUCAAAGUUGUUUAUCGUCCUGCUGCUGGGUACGCUGCUGCUGUUCGGUGGACAAACCGAGGCCGGACAUUUGAAGAAGUUUGGCAAAAAAUUGGAAAAGAUCGGCAAAAAUGUGUUCCACGCGGUGGAGAAGGUUGUGCCCGUUCUGGCCGGCGUUCAGGAUUUGCGCGAAAAGCAGAAAGGCUAAGGGGAGACCUUUAGCAACGCAUCGGAAGCUCCCGAAGAAGCAGUAAAAAAAGGCUGUUGACUGUUUUUGAGUUUGCCAACCGUCAGAAACAUCAAAGGCACGCGAACCUCGGAGCGAUGGAGAUGAAGAUUGUACGCAGGGAACGGUGUUGAGUUGAGGUUUAAUCAUUCGCUUUAAAGGAAAGAAAAUUGUAAAAACAACCUGUCCAAAACAAAAACACACCGGUUGGAAAGAGUAAAUAAAAGAUAAAUGAUAAAAUUGUUUUAAAUGCUUUAGAUAGGAGAUAGGAGUAGUAACCGAUUCAAAAUUGAAAUGAACAACAGUUUGAAAUAAAUUCUUGAAACCCCACCAAGGACUUCUGUUAUUCCUGCAAGCAAUGUUGAUUAAUACUAAAAUUUAAAUUACAAAGGAUUUUACUGAGAAAAUUUUGGGAUCAAACUGAUUGUAGAAUUAACCUCGAAUGUGAAUUUUUGUGAUGAAUUUGAUU